AUGCACGCGGGACACACUCUGGCCAUUGCCAUGUGGGCCAUGACGGCGCUGUCUCUUGGACUCGUCGGCCUACGUCUGUACACCCGCAUACGAAUCGUUCGCUUUGUCGGCAUCGAGGACCACAUGUACGCAUGGACCGGAAUAUUCAUGCUGGUGUUUGCUGCGUGUAUUCAAGUCGCUGUUCAUUUUGGGUUGGGACGCAGCUUCUGGACUCUUUCUCCGGACGAGUCAUCGAGGGCCAUCUUCUGGACCUAUGUUGCCAACAGCUUCGCCAUCUCGGGAAACGCACUCGCCAAGCUCUGCAUGGGAUUUUUCUUAUUACGGGUUGUGCAGCUGAAGUGGCAGAAACUUGCGCUCUGGUUUCUGAUUGUUGUUACUGUCGGCACAUCGGUAACACUGGUGGUGAUGCUGUGGAACCAGACGACGCCAAGGAAGGCAAGUUGGGAUGUGCUGAGGACGCCUGGAGAGUGGAAUAUCCAGAUUCAACCCAUGAGUGUUGGGUUGGGAGGUUGGUCAAGCGCCUGUGAUUUCUUCUUCGCCAUCUUCCCUUGGCUCUUCAUCAUGUCCUUGAAGAUGCCGCGUCGGGAAAAGUUCCUUUUGGCCAGUGGCAUGAGCCUGGGUGUGAUUGCUGGUGCUUGUGGUGUUGUCAGAACCGUGGUGCUAUCCCGGUUAAAAAUCGAUGACUUUACCUUAAACUUUGCCCCUUAUUUCAUCUGGGCCGGCGCAGAGAUCACUGUCGCCUUGGUGUGCCUGGGCAUCCCAACCCUGCGACCCCUCUACCUGAAGCAACGAGGCAUCAGCACGAUCGGUUACGGCAACCACCAUCACACUGAGCAGAGCGACCCCGAACUACCGCGCUUCACCAUGGUCGAUCAAAAGAAGAGGCCUGACCCAUUUCCGGAUCCAUCCCACAACGGCUUUGAAACCCCCGACCCCCGAAACCUACACCUCUCUCAUAUCACAUUGGAGUCGCUGGCAUCGCCCCAACGGCAGGAAUUCGCCCAGCAGCAACAAACCACACCCAGCCUGACACCACAUAACACAGUAGAAACCCAAGGCCACCUCCGAGACUCUUCCUCAACAGGCUCAUCCCAUACAAUGGUAGACUCCACACUGGCCAGCCCUGAACUUGAACAACACCCCCUUUCUUACCCACACAUCUAUUCGAGAACGGCGGCAGCCAUAGCACGACCACCAAACGCACAUAUCAAGGACCAACACAAAAGAGACCACAGCGGCGACACUGGUGAUAGCAUCACUGUCGAUGACAUUCUGGGUUUCUACGACAUCGAGGAGAAAAGCCAGAGCAAAACCAAACUUCCAAAUUACGACCAGACACAGCCACAACCACUUGGACCGCCACUCCACCAAUCGGCGAGUAUCAAGCGAAAAGAGCACCGGAUUACACAAGUAGAUUUCCUUUUAAAGAAUACAAGAAUGGGAGGCGGCAACGCCGAGGAGAGGCGUAUCAUUCGGCCGCAACAGAAUUUGAAUAGACCUUGGGAUGGGGAGGGUUGGCCAUUGAGGAACUGA